UUGCCAUAACUUAUCUUAUUUUUUCACAUCACUUUUGUAAUCAAUUGUUAACAUUUUUGGAAAUUUUAAGUUUUUCCAAAGAUAGUAUAGCAUUCUCAGUGCUCACUUUAUCAAAAUAUGUGCAUUCUUAAUUUCAUUCUCAAAUAAGCACAAAGUAAUGUUUCAGAAUUUCAAGAUGUUUUAUGUAUAUAUAUUUCUUUUCUUAGAGUUUAUAAAAUACACAAUGGAUAAAGGAAUUCCUUUAAGAGCAGCUUUUAAUGGAGAUGUCAUGUGCUUGGUCAUGGACCCAAACAUUGCUUUCGACGAUUUAUGUGAUGAUAUUCGUGAGUUGUGCAAAUUUGAAUCAGAUGACAUUUUCACACUGAAAUGGAUUGAUGAAGAAGGUGAUCCUUGUACCCUUUCAAAACAAUUUGAACUUGAUGAGGCUGUGCGAUUAUUUCAUGUUAAUGCUGAAUCUCAACUGGUCAUUAAUAUUUUUAAAGGGACACCAAAACAACCAGGGAUGUUAAUGGAAGGAGAAGAUAGAUUAUAUAGACGUGGAGCAAGAAGAUGGAGGAAAAUAUAUCAAUUUAACGGACAUUCUUUUGUUGCACGUAGAUUUGGAAAAAUGACAGCAUGUCCUAUAUGUAGAGAUAUCAUAUGGGGGCUCGGGCGACAAGGCGUUAAAUGCAUGAAUUGUAAGUUUACAGUACACAAAAGGUGUCACCGUUACACGCAACUGCUGUGUGGACAAGUUCCUCUUGAUGCAGCGUAUGAUCCUGUAAAAAGUGCAGUGACGGCAGAUGGAUCGUAUAGCAAUAUUCUUAUGGAUAUGGAUAAAUCAAUAAAAAUGAGAAAAAGUUCUAGUCCCAACGCGAGGCGGAAAGGUUUAAUAAAAGAUUAUGAAAACGAAGUCUAUACACAAGAUGUUGAACCUGGUAGUGGUUUUCGUAUUGGUGUUAAUGAUUUUGAUUUUAUUCGUGUCAUUGGACGUGGCAGCUACGCCAAAGUUAUGAUGGUUCGUCUAAAAGAAACGGAUCGUAUAUACGCCAUGAAGGUGAUUAAAAAGGAGCUGGUGAACGACGAUGAAGAUAUAGAUUGGGUACAGACAGAAAAACAUGUGUUCGAGAUUGCAUCAAAUCACCCCUUCCUUGUCGGUCUUCAUUCUUGUUUUCAAACACGCAGUCGAUUAUUUUUCGUCAUUGAGUUUGUAAAUGGUGGCGACCUUAUGUUUCAUAUGCAACGUAUGAGAAGACUGGAAGAAUCUCAUGCUAGAUUUUAUGCUGCGGAAAUAAGUUGUGCUUUAAACUACCUUCACGAAAAAGGUAUAAUCUAUCGAGAUUUGAAAUUAGACAAUGUGUUACUGGACCCUGAUGGUCAUUGCAAGCUCACAGAUUAUGGAAUGUGCAAGGAAGGUUUGUUACCUGGUGAAAGAACAAGCACGUUUUGUGGCACACCUAAUUACAUCGCUCCUGAAAUUUUAAGAGGAGAAGACUAUGCUGCUAGUGUGGAUUGGUGGGCGCUUGGUGUGUUGUUGUAUGAAAUGUUAGCAGGGCGUUCCCCUUUCGACAUUGUGGCUGCCACUGACAAUCCAGAUCAAAAUACUGAAGAUUAUCUGUUUCAAGUUAUUCUGGAGAAACCGAUUAGAAUUCCACGUUCGUUAUCUGUUAAAGCGGCAUCAUGCUUAAAAGGAUUUCUUAAUAAAAAUCCCGAGGAGAGAUUAGGUUGUCAUCCACAAACUGGGUUCAGUGAUAUCAUGUCGCAUAUUUUCUUCAAAGCAAUCGAUUGGGAGGCGCUUGAAAAUCGUCAAGUACCACCACCUUUUAAACCCAAGGUCGAUGAAGAGGAUGACAUUUUGGCAAAUUUUGAUCCCCAAUUCACUACAGAGCCGGUUCAUUUAACACCUGACGAUCCGUCGUUAUUGGACAAAAUCGACCAAUCUGAAUUCGAUGGUUUUGAAUAUAUCAACCCAUUGUUAAUGUCUAGCGAAGAUGCUGUUUGAAUUUUCACAUGAUGCGCACGUAGAAUCGAAUAUUUUUAUAUUAAACUUGUAUAUAUAGAAAGGAUAAUGAACUAGAAGUGGAAAUAUAUUUUACUAGUAGAAUCACGAUCAAAUGAACUGUUGAGGAAGGCAACAAAUAGGUUUAUUUGGUCAGGAAUUUGUAAAAUUGGGAAUUAAAAAAAGGCCUACAUCAUAUAUGUUAACGGUAAAGGUUUGCAUAAUAUUCAAUGGAGCUGGAAUUGAUCAAUUAAUACGUUUAUAUCCUCUGCUUCAACAACAAAUACAAAGCAAUCUGACGAAAUGUUUUUCAUAAUAACGAAAAAACUGUAUUUAUUUGUAAUAGAAAUAUUUUACUCAUAUUAA